GCGGGGGCGCGGCGGCGCCUCGGCCGAGGCCCGGGCAGGGGCCGCGGGGAUGGCGGGCGGUGCCGGUGUGUUGCGGCUGCCCGGGCUGCACGGCUACGCGGCGGAGUUUUCGCCGUACUGGCCGGGGCGUGUGGCCUGCGCCGCCGCGCAGUACUACGGCAUCGCAGGUUGUGGAACUCUGGCAGUGCUGGAACAAAAUGAAGUUGGGAUUGCUCUGCUCAGGAGUUUUGACUGGAAUGAUGGCCUGUUUGAUGUGACCUGGAGUGAGAAUAAUGAACAUGUGUUGAUCACUUCUAGUGGAGAUGGAUCUCUGCAAAUCUGGGAUACAGCUAAAACCAAAGGUCCUCUGCAAGUCUAUAAGGAGCACACUCAAGAGGCAUAUAGUGUUGACUGGAGCCAAACUAGAGGAGAGCAGCUAGUGGUGUCUGGUUCAUGGGAUCAAACAGCCAAGCUGUGGGAUCCAGCUGUGGGGAAGUCAUUAUGCACUUUUAAAGGCCACGAAGGGGUCAUUUACAGCACUAUAUGGUCUCCACACAUCCCAGGUUGUUUUGCAUCUGCCUCAGGUGACCAGACUUUAAGAAUUUGGGAUGUGAAAGCCCCAGGAGUUAAACUUGUGAUACCUGCCCACCAGGCUGAGAUCUUGAGCUGUGACUGGUGCAAAUAUGAUGAGAACUUGCUGGUAACUGGUGCAGUUGACUGUAGCUUGAAAGGCUGGGAUUUGCGGAACAUCCGGCAACCAGUGUUCAUCUUGCUUGGUCAUACCUAUGCUAUCAGAAGAGUAAAAUUUUCACCGUUCCAUGCAACCUUAUUGGCCUCUUGCUCCUAUGAUUUUACGGUGAGAUUUUGGGACUUUUCCAAGCCUAACCCUUUGCUGGAAAUAGUCGAGCAUCAUACUGAAUUUACAUGUGGACUGGAUUUAAGUCUUCACAACUGUGGUCAGGUGGUGGAUUGCGCUUGGGACGAGCUAGUCAAGAUCUACACACCAUCGUGUCUGGCAGUUCCUGUCUAGAGAAGAUGACACAUCGGGAACCUUUCUCUCUUCCCCCCACAAUCAGACUUGUGCUAAAGUGUCAACUGUGUCACUCAUCUUAGUGUCUCGUUUUAAGUAAAACUCUCCUUGAAUGGAGUGUUGUGCACUUAAGCAUAUGGAGAUUUUAGGGCUUGGUUUACUGUGCAGGUAGUACUUGAGCCAGCAAAUCCUUAAACAGCAGCUGAAUGGCCGAAGAGUGUCUGUAGCAGAUAGGAGCUGGUGUCUUCAAAGUAGAAUCACCAACAGAGUUUUGUGAUCUGUCUGGCUAAUGAUGACAGCAGAGGCCUGAAUCUUCUUCAUCCCUAUAAAGAAUAAAAGUAACUGGCAGUGUAUUUUGAGAUAACGUCACUGCAGAAAAGAAAAAAGUGGCUUUUCACUGUAAAGUACUGUAACGUCAACUGAGGUUUUUAUCACUUGGAUGCAUUUAUAUUUAUAUGUUUUGCUGUGACUCGUGUUGCAUUAUUUUCUUGUGCAAUAUGACAAAUACUCUUGAUAGACAGUAAAUGUCAUAGAUUAUAGCCAGCUGAUUCGUUUGACCUUUUUGAUUGCUGCUUGACAAAGACGGUAAAGAUUAUUUUAAUACAUUUUUUUCUUUUAGAUCUCCUUCAGUAAAAGAGUUGAUGAAGUCAUGCAGAAAGAUGCUCUGAUGAUAGAGAAAAUGCUUAGGAAAAAAUGAAAUCUAUACAACACUAAUUGGAUCACAAUCCUCAAGAAUUAGAGAUAGGAUAACCAUCUCUUCUAUUAGACUUGUCUUCUAUUUUCACUUAGAAAGUUUUUCCAAGAGAUAGAAGAGAAAUGAGGCCAUAUUCAGUGUUUCUGGACCUCUGACAGCCUGGCCAAAGUGAGAGCUGAUGUCCAGACCAGUUGAACCUGCAUACAUGCAGAUUAACUGCAUGACAUAAGCAUAGCAGAUCCAGUAUGGCCAAGCUAUUAUACUUAACAAGAAUAUGCCCAACAUGCGAUAGAUAUGUUUGGUACUUUGCAUACCCACUUUGACUCCUCAGCCCACUUGCUGCUAUUUUUGUCUGAGUUUUUCUGGGGCAAGUAGAGAUGUUCAGUUUUUAUGCUUCUCCAGUCUCCUUUGAAUACUCUUUCAGGAUCCAACUGUGAUACUCCUGCAGUUCUCAUUGGUAUACGAUAGGCUUCUCUCCUGGUUUCCUGCUAGCCUACUUUUUUUAACCUUCUUAAAGUUGUUCUCCCUUCUGCUGUUACCCCAUAUCAAUAGUCUUUACCAUCAAAAGACUCUUUGAAGAUCUUUGGUCACAUUUUCAUAGCCUCCUGAUAAUGAAUGCUGUACACUUCUGGGUUGCACCACUCAUAUAUCAAGCAAUAGCAGACACUGCCAGAUCUCCUGGAUGCUUUGAAGAAAUGAAAGAAAUAAUUCAGCAGAGCUAAGACCUGCAAGUUGUAAGGAAAGAAUGAUUGUGCUAUCUUGGAGAAAGAGCCAGGGAACUAGCAGGUAGCCACAGGGAGAUACAGGUACGUUGAUUUGGUGUUAGGGCAAGACAGAAAGAGACCGUCUUCUGCAACGUAAGAAUCUAGAUGCCGAUAUGAUCUUUUCUUUUUCUGGGUCAGUGCAAACUGACCCCAGAACGCCAUCUUCUCAAGCUGAAUUAACAACAAGUAGAUUUUCAUGUGACUGUGUUGCACCGAAUUCUAAAUGUUUACUGCACUUUAAUUCUGUGUGCUGAGGAAUGAUGCAACGAUAAAGCUGUGCUGCACACAGCUUUCAGCAAUACCAUGGGCCAUAAAAUCUAAUUUUAGGCAUUAAAAUUGAUUAUUUCAACUUUAAUAGUUAUUCCACUCUUCUGCUUUGUCUCUGUUCUCUGCUAAGACCACAAGUUACCUGUCUGAGUGGAACGUUUUGGUGGUGGUUAUGUAUUUUAUAUGUGUGUCUCUUGGGGGGAGGAAAGGAGGGGGUUAUUCCAGAAUGGUGCCAUAGCCUGUCAGUUGGAAAGGCAAAUUUAGAAUACGUAGCACGGGGUAGGGGGGAAAUAAGGAAUCCUGAACACGCACACUCAACAUGUGGAUUAAACCUUUUCUUAACUGCCUUCUCUCCCCUCAUGUCCUGAUCAGCCUCAGUGCUGAGAGUUGCUGCGUCCGGAUUUAAUUCUCUUAAAAAAUGAGCGCAUCCAGAAGAUGCACAUAGUAAAUAGAAACUGUGGCCUUUAGUCUUCCUGUGUGAUCUUUGAAUGGAGACAAUGUGCUAUAGCAUUUCUGCACUGUAACAGAAAAAACAGUCUGGCAAUAGUUGUUGUUGAUUCUUAAUUCUCAGGGAAUGUUUGCCGUAAUUGUUUUAAAGUACUGUUUAUUUUAUGACCACAAUACUAGCUUCUGAUUGUUUUUUGUUUACUGAAACAGACCUUUAAUGACAACAAUCUUAAAGAUGUAUUCUACUUUUGAACUUGCUCCUGUGGAAGAUUUUGUUUUAUGGCAGCCCAUAGGUUUCUCCUUGGUUCAAGAAACAUGCUGAUUAACGAUGUUCUAAAGGAGUGGAUUUGCUGUUCUGCAAUGCUAUUAAAUUAAUUGCAUACAGUGUAUUUGGCUACACUCUUGUAUUCACAUCCCCAGUUAAGAAACAUUGAUCAAAAAGUAAAUGCAGUGAAAGACACUGAGAGUAUCUUUAAAGGGUAUCAUAAUCAUGGUUUAUAUCUUGUAUGAAUACUGGGUCAGUCGUGUUCUUCCUCUGUACUUUUAGAGACCGUACUUUAUGCAGAUUUGCCAAGCUGUAUGUCCCAUCAAGUCUGCUUUUUGAUAAAGGAAACCUAUUUUAAA